GGAGAUAUGAUUUGCCAAAGAUGUGCAUUCGCCUCUCUUCGGUGGCUCAGGCCGACCACAUUGGCCAGGUUGGCAUCAGCAUCCGAGGUGCCUUUUGGCAUUGCCAAAGAUGCAAAGCCCAGAGAUGGAGUCAAAAAGCGUGAAGAGAUGUCCAAAGAAGAGAUGUCCAAAGAAGGGCAAUCCAGGCCGCACAGCAGAUCAUUUCGGUCGGUGUGUCCCUUCACAGUGCACCGAACAGCCUCGGACAACAUUCCGGUCUACGUGACCAGGCGAAAGAAUCGCACAGAGGAUGUCACCGUCGUCAAAAAGGUGAGAGGUGACCGGGAAGCUCUGAAGCGUGAGAUCGAGUUCCUGUGCGGGACUCGAGCGUCAUACGGGAAGAGCGGCUUCCUGGAGGUGGUUGGCAAUCACAGACGGGCCAUCAAGGGAUACCUGCGCAGCAUCGGCUAUUAAGCUGAAAAGGCUCAGACGCGGACAGCUGAAAUGAAAUCAGGUGAGCUAUUUGUUCAGUG